GCAGAGCCCUUGACCUUGAGGCUGGGUUCUGCUGCCCACAGCUCUCUCUCCCCACUGGCGUUUCAUGGAGAGUGCCCACUGCCCACACCAAUCAGGGUGUGCCUGGAGCUGGUUGGGUGGGACUGAUAGAGUGGUAUCCUCUCUUGCAGGAUCAGGGCCAGAGACAACAAUGGCUCCUACGCGCUGUGCCUGCUGCACGAGGGGGAAGGUGCUGCACUACCGCAUCGACAAAGACAAGACCGGGAAGCUCUCCAUCCCAGAGGGGAAGAAGUUUGACACACUCUGGCAGCUGGUGGAGCAUUAUUCUUACAAACCCGAUGGUUUGUUACGAGUCCUUACGGUUCCAUGUCAAAAAAUUGGCACGCAGAUGGCCACCCCCGCCCCAAGGGAGCCGGCCGGACAGCAGCAUCUCGUACAACCCCUACGAGCCAGACAGAGGCCCCCAGAGGGAAGCCAUGCCCAUGGACACAGAAGUAUACGAGAGCCCCUAUGCUGACCCCGAGGAGAUCAGGCCCAAAGAGGUCUACUUGGACCGGAAGCUGCUGACCCUGGAAGACAAAGAACUGGGCUCCGGCAACUUUGGGACCGUGAAGAAGGGCUACUACCAAAUGAAGAAGGUGGUGAAGACGGUGGCUGUGAAAAUACUGAAGAACGAGGCCAACGACCCGGCCCUGAAAGACGAGCUGCUGUCGGAAGCCAACGUCAUGCAGCAGCUGGACAACCCCUACAUCGUGCGCAUGAUCGGGAUCUGCGAAGCCGAGUCGUGGAUGCUGGUGAUGGAGAUGGCGGAGCUCGGGCCUCUCAAUAAGUACUUGCAACAGAACAGGCAUGUCAAGGACAAGAACAUCAUAGAGCUGGUUCAUCAGGUUUCCAUGGGGAUGAAAUACUUGGAAGAGUGCAAUUUUGUGCACAGAGAUCUGGCUGCAAGGAAUGUACUGCUGGUCACUCAACAUUACGCCAAGAUCAGCGACUUUGGACUUUCCAAAGCUCUGCGUGCAGACGAAAACUACUACAAGGCGCAGACACACGGGAAGUGGCCCGUGAAGUGGUACGCGCCCGAGUGCAUCAACUACUACAAGUUCUCCAGCAAGAGCGACGUGUGGAGCUUCGGCGUGCUGAUGUGGGAGGCCUUUUCCUACGGGCAGAAGCCGUACCGGGGGAUGAAAGGCAGCGAAGUCACCGCCAUGCUGGAGAAAGGAGAGCGGAUGGGGUGCCCUCCAGGGUGUCCGAGAGAGAUGUACGAGCUGAUGAACCUGUGCUGGACGUACGAGGUGGAGAAAAGGCCCGGGUUUGUAGCGGUGAACUGCGGCUGGCGCAAUUACUACAACGACGUGGUGAACUAA